UGCCUCCUUCCAAGCCCGUUCCCAAGGUGCCCACCUCGGUGACAAUCGGCAACAAAGCUGUGCUGACGUGCACGGAAACAGAUGGCUCUCCACCCCCUACCUUCCAGUGGUACAGGGACAACAUCCUGAUGCCCUCCAACCCCAAGAUCAGUGAGAAAUUCAGGAACUCCUCCUACACGAUCGACCCCAAGACAGGAGUGCUGACGAUUGAGCCCGUAACCAGCUUCGACACGGGGGAUUAUUUUUGCGAGGCUCAGAACAACGUCGGGACCGCUCAGAAAUCGGAAGCCAUCCACUUGGAAGCUACUGAAGUCAACGUGGGCGGUAUUGUGGCAGCUGUGGUCGUGCUGCUAAUCGUGCUGGCACUGGUUGCCUUCGGCAUCUGGUUCGCCUACAGUCGUGGCUUUUUCAGCAAGAGAACAGGCAGCACCAAUAAGCAAGUUAUCUACAGCCAGCCGUCCAACCGGAGUGACGGAGAAUUCAAACAGACCUCGUCCUUCCUGGUGUGACAUUGGCCCUGGAUUGGCUCCCCCUCUCCUGCCGACGUCCUGCCCCUUGCCCCAUGAACUGCUGUAAAUGUUCCGUGUGAAUUACUGUAACUCACUGCGAUUUUAACUAUUUUUUUUUUUUAAGUUUCACCUAAUGCCUUUUUAGUCCUGUUCUAGACUCUCCUUGUCCCCUAGAGUCGUGGGGCUGGAGUCUUGCCCGCUGCGCUACAGGUGACUUUGCAUAAACCAAUCUUAUUUUCCUAAGAGCGACAGGCGACAAACCCAGCUGCUGAACACACCCAGCGGAGGGGCCCCCCUGCCACUUGCUGGCGUUGCAGAUUGCUCACCCUGCUUUGGGGAUGUCCGCUAGCACCGGGCUUCCCCAAGGAGGGUGAAAUUCAGCCCGUGCGACAGGCCAGCGUGAGGCCUUGCAGCACUGUAGUGCCACGUAAGCCUAUCGGAGGGUUUGAUGCUGCCAGAAGUGGCAGGCUGGGGAGCCCUGGUUAUGCUAGAGCACUGAAUGUAGGGAACACAAGUAUAUUUUUGUGACUGUAGAAGAUUGUUGCGUGGUGUCCCCAUCCCUGCCCCCACCGUCACUGCUGUACGAGUGUGUCAGGAUGUCAUCUUUGUGGUGUCGGAACAGGUUGAAUACUACAUCUCCCUGGAGCAGGAGGUGAUCGGUGAGAAGGGAUUAGGGGCAGAGCAAUGAGAUCUAAGGGGACUUGCUCACCUCUCCCUUGGUCUGUGAUUUGGUUGUGAGGCAGCAGAGAGAAAAUCCAGUCCAGGAGAAAUCAAGAACUUCUUCCCACUGAUUUACGGCCCUGCUUGAGCUCUGUUUCAGCCCAGUUUGACAGGGCCAGGAGAGCCUUCCAGAACAGCUUGGUUCUGUCUGGCGUUUUUGGGCCAAACCUUGAUUGAAACCAGGUUGGCUGGCACGGCGUGGAGAUGGAGUUCACACCCUGCCGUGGGCCAUAUCCGAAAGGUGCAGGGGGCCGCGGUGAGGCCUAGCGAUGCUCUGCAGGCUCUUGCUGUUCAGAGUUGUGGGGUGGAUUUGGCUUUCUCGAGGGAGAAGUUCUGGGCCCUUCCUCAAGGCAGGCGCUCGUAAAGGCUUGGCGUUGAGUCGCCUUGUGCUGCUUCACCCUGCACUCCCCACAGCGACGCCGGUGCACCCAACUCUGGCUGGUGUGGCCAAGUGGCUGCUCGUGCUUGGGAAUGAAGAGGCAAUCAGGUUUCACAUUGUUAGUUCUUGGGUAGCACUUUGCAUGGAAGAUGCUCUACCGGGCAAACAGCUGUUC